CGGGCAGAGCCGGCAGAGGCGGGCGCGGCGGGCUAGCGGCUGCAGGGCGGGCUGGCAGCACUGCACGGGCAGGGGGGCCAAGCAGGCUGCCCUGACGGCCCCAGGACGCGGCCCCAGGACGCGACACCGCACCCACGCUGCUGAGCCGUCUCCGGUCCAGCGGAGCCACACCUCCUGGCCAUGGGAGGAGCCGUGGUUGACGAGGGUCCUACGGGCGUCAAGGCCCCCGACGGGGGCUGGGGCUGGGCCGUCCUCUUCGGCUGUUUCGUCAUCACGGGCUUCUCCUACGCCUUCCCCAAGGCGGUCAGCGUUUUCUUCAAGGAGCUCAUGCGGGAAUUUGGGAUCGGCUACAGCGACACGGCCUGGAUCUCCUCCAUCCUGCUGGCCAUGCUCUAUGGCACAGGCCCGCUCUGCAGUGUGUGUGUGAACCGCUUCGGCUGCCGGCCAGUCAUGCUGGUGGGUGGCCUCUUCGCGUCGCUGGGCAUGGUGACCGCGUCCUUCUGCCAGAGCAUCGUCCAGGUCUACCUUACCACGGGGGUCCUCACUGGCCUGGGUCUGGCCCUCAACUUCCAGCCCUCCCUCAUCAUGCUCAACCGCUACUUCAGCAAGCGGCGCCCCAUCGCCAACGGGCUGGCGGCGGCGGGCAGCCCCGUGUUCCUGUGCGCCCUGUCCCCGCUGGGGCAGCUGCUGCAGGACCACUACGGCUGGCGGGGCGGCUUCCUCAUCCUGGGGGGCCUGCUGCUCAACUGCUGUGUGUGCGCGGCGCUCAUGCGGCCCCUGGGGGCACCCCAGGCGGGCGGGGGGCCCGCACCCCAGAGGCCGGCCCGGCGCCUGCUGGACCUGAGCGUCUUCCGGGACCGCGGCUUCGUCAUCUACGCACUGGCCGCCUCCAUCAUGGUGCUGGGGCUCUUCGUGCCGCCAGUGUUCGUGGUGAGCUACGCCAAGGACCUGGGCGUGCCGGACACGAAGGCGGCCUUCCUGCUCACCAUCCUGGGCUUCAUCGACAUCUUCGCGCGGCCCACGGCCGGCUUCAUCACCGGGCUCAAGAGGGUGAGGCCCUACUCCGUCUACCUCUUCAGCUUCGCCAUGUUCUUCAACGGCUUCACCGACCUCACGGGCUCCACCGCCAGCGACUACGGCGGCCUGGUGGUCUUCUGCAUCUUCUUCGGCAUCUCCUACGGCAUGGUGGGGGCGCUGCAGUUUGAGGUGCUCAUGGCCAUCGUGGGCACCCACAAGUUCUCCAGCGCCAUCGGCCUCGUGCUGCUGCUGGAGGCCGUGGCCGUGCUCAUCGGACCCCCGUCGGGAGGCAAGCUCCUGGACGCGACGCACGUCUACAAGUACGUGUUCAUCCUGGCGGGGGCUGAGGUGCUCACCUCCUCCCUGGUGCUGCUCUUGGGCAACUUCUUCUGCAUCGGGAAGCAGCCCGAGGCCCCAGGGCCUGAGGCGGCCCUGGAGGAGAAGCUCCACAAGCCCCCUGAGGACCUGGGGGUGGACUCGCGGGAGGUGGAACACUUCCUGAAGGCAGAGCCCGAGAAAAACGGGGAGGUGGUCCACACCCCGGAAACCAGCGUGUGAGCGGCCGGCCGGGGCGGCGGGCGCAGGGAGAAGCUGGAGACUGGCAAUGCUCGUAUUUAUUUCACAAACAGACUAGGCGGCCGUCGGCUCAGCUCUGCUGCCUGGUCAGCGGUCACCCCGUCGGGGCUUUGCAGGGGAGGCGGUGGGGUGGGAACCGAGUCAUUCCAAAGCGCAUCUGCGGUGGAGCCAAGCCUCGGGGUUACAAGCUGUCUGCACCAGGGCCCGCCUGCCGACCCUACGCAGCCCACGCCCACCACCGCUGCAGGACCUGGAGACCCACGCUUCCGAGACAACACGACUAACCAGAGGCCGGGGCCGGCUGUCAGACCCCCAGCCUGCGCCCUCCCUCAGCGCCUGGGCCCCAGCUCCUCCCACCUGUGGGACGUGUGCAAUAAACCUGUGUGGGUGGAGGCCCCGAGGCUGUG